CGCGGCUGUUGGCGGCACAAAGUGACAUCUUGUUUGAUCCACAUCAGGGAGUAUUUUGGGGGCUUUUUUGCGGCCACCAUGGCGUGGCCCUGCAUCAGCCGCGCGUGCUGCAUGGCGCGCUUCUGGAACCAGCUGGACAAGGCUGACAUCGCGGUGCCUUUGGUCUUCCCCAAAUACACGGACGCGUCGGAGAUGCAGCACAUCCAGCUGCAGCCUCCGCAGGCUCGGGUCGCCAUAGAAACGCAGCCGGCUCGCGCUGAGCCACGCGCCGCGGCGGCGCCGUCGGUUUCGGCACGCGCGCCGCGGAGGAGCGUCUCGGAGGAGCGCGUGUGCAGCUCAGUGAUGCGCGAGGACUUUAAACCCUGGAGAGUGCGACCGGAACCCAGCUGUAAGCCCAGGAACGAGUACCACGGACCGGACAUCCCGUUCAACAGCGAGACGCAGUACCAGAAGGACUUCAAACCGUGGCCCAUCCCCAAACGGUACGACCACCCGUGGAUACCCAAAGCGCCUCCGGCCGCGUGCGUCAGCGGCGAGCGGAGCAGGCCCAAGCAGCAGGCGGAGGCGGACAGCGGCGUGGAGAAGGGCGCCAUCGCCGACAAGGUGCAGGAGAAAGACCUCCUCCAGGGUCAGGAGAGGAAAAAGAGGAGCAGCAAGAAGGUUGUCCUGAAGCUGGAGGGAGAAGGAGGCCGCGGGAGGGCGGCGGCGGACGCCGUCAACAGGCAGAUCAAAGAGGAGAUCACCUCCGGCAGCUCCUACAGGACUGAAUUUAAGGCUUACAAAGAUGUGCAGCCAGUCAAGAUGAUCCGGGCCAAAUCCCAGUACUUUCCUCCGGAUGAGAGGACCAGCCUGGAGACGAGUUACAGCGCCACCUUCAAGGGCGCACAAGGCGCGCUGCAGCCUGCAGACAAUAAGGCUCUGGAGAGGAGGCGGAUACGCAGUUUGUACAGCGAGCCGUACAUAGACCCACCCAAACAGGUGGACCGCUAUAGUGUCCCUCGCUCUAAACCUAAAAGGUCUGGAGCUACAGCGGUGGAUCAGAGCAAACCCACGAGGAAAGCCAAAGACAAGCAGAGCGCCGCUCUGAGGGGCUCCAAGAAGACGACCUCGGAGAACCAACCCGAGCACCGGCCGGCGGUGGGGAGCAAGGAGAAAAGUAAAGAGAUGAACAACAAACUGGCUGAGGCAAAAGAGGUUGUGCUAAAACAGUACCACUACAUACAACUCUGCCAGCCAAUCCGAGAUAUUGGCUGGGUGCAGACUCUAAAGCAACACCUGUGGGGCUGUGCGCUACCCAAUCCCAGAGACGCUGAAGACGAGGUUCUCCGAUCCAGUCAUCAUCAUUCCCGAGAUGCUGCUGGAGGAGAACCAGAACCACUGGUGGACAGACCAGGACCUCGGAGGAGCGGCGGAGUCGUACGCUUUUCCUUCGACGUGAAGCAAAUUGAAUAGCUGUGAGGGGCGAGC